AGUGUUUCGAAACCGGCCAAUCGUUCCGUUAGACUUUUAAGGAACGUACACAACUAACACACACACUCCCAUACGAGAAUAUCGAAAAACACGCGCCCGCGCACACCACCGUAACAAUUUUCUUUGCUUGAACUUAAAUCAACAACAACAACACGAAAGUCUGCGCCAAUCAUUUGGGGUUUUGGAAAAGUGCAAAGUGAGUCAAAAACAAUACAACAACAACAAAAUGCAGUACACUACCGGCACGGAGAAUUAUUCAACCAGUUCGCGGGACCCGAACUCGAAAUGGGGUGGCCGCAACGAUAAGGGUUAUUCAUAUAAGAAGUCUUCAUACCAAUACUCAAGCUCCGGCGACAAUAAUGUCUCCUAUCAGAGCAAAUCGUCAGAUCAGAACAUUGAUCAGUUGGAUGCAUUGCUGGAGGAUUUGAAGAACGAGCGCCAGAUUAGCACCAGGGAGCGCGAUCUUCUCCCAACCAGCAACAACUAUAAAACACUUGAACGGAGCGACCCAGCGGGCACGGUGAUAAAGACAACCCGUGUAAUUAAGACCACUAAGCACGCUGGCGGGCAGGCGCCUCUGACCGAUGACAUCGAGACUUUCAAUACAACAGACUAUAGCACUCUCAAGUCGUCUAAGUACUCAAGCUUUCAGGAUAACCUAAAACGUGACGAGUACCAGAGUACUCUCGAGAAGCCGUAUUCCCUAGCCCACUCGCCAAGUGGCGGCGGUCAUUACGAGAGCAAAACGAAGAUUUAUGAGAGCAAUCGUACGCUGAACAACGCUGAGCUAGUUCCGAAUGGCGGCACCACCAGCAAAACCGUGACAACCACAUCCAACAUUGAUAGGGAGCUGCAGGAUAUUGCAUUAAGCGAUGGCAUUUUGCCUGCCCCCGGCACUAAGGUGACCACCACCGUUCGCACCUAUACCUAUGAGAUACCGGCCACAGGACCUGGAAGCACCACAAACACCAUUAACCGCAACAACACCAACGCCAUUAGCAGCUACCAGCACCACGAAUCGCUCAAUUCGAGCCAAAAUUAUACGCAAUCGCCGCCAAAUCCACUCCCACAUCCACAUCCGCAUGUGCCACAAACAGUGGUUUACAACACGGAGAGCUACUCCACGCUCAACAGGCCAAAUGAUCGCCCAGUGGUGACCAACCAGUCGUAUGAGAUACGGGAGCACAAGGAGACUACCAAUACGCUGCACAAUAGUGGCGGUGUUGGAGGCCCACAAUCGCGCCAAUUGCCACUGACACCGGCUGUAAGUCCAAACAGUCCCCCAGGAACUAAUCGCACUAUUGUCUACAACAUACAUAAGACCGACAAUGUUCACACCGUAAAUGAGCUUCCGCCUCCGCAACGCUAUCCGCACAGUCCGGCCCACAGCCCCAAUCCCAAUUAUGGCGGACCGAACAGUCCACCGUUGCAGAAUAUCCCCCCCGGAGGCACAACAAACCGCUAUUUCUACAAGGAAACAUCGAACACCGUGAAUACCAUACAUGGCCCACCGAAUGGCGGCAUUCCUUACGAGACCACACCACUGGCUCCGAUAAAGCAGGCGCCUAAUACGGCCUAUCCACAGCAGCCACCUACUGGCAAUGGAUAUCCACCACAAGGCGAUGGCUAUCCACCAAAUACCACCAGCUAUACGUAUAAAUACUCUUCAUCCACAAAUACAAACAACCGCCGCGGUCCCGGUCCGGACUAUGGCACGCCUUCGCCUUUCCCAGUCGACGGAGUUGAAUAUCCUGUGGCGAAUGGAAACCCUCCACAGCGUGUCGACGAUUUAAUGCAAUCAUUCGGCACUACGGACCACGUGGAUCGUGUUGACAUCGAGACGCCUCAUCGCAAGCGAGAAAUUGAAACCGCAGUGGCUUCGCCUAAUCAGCAGCAUGUUCCAUCAGUCAAUAAGGCUGGUAAGGAAGUAUACUAUCCACCUGGUCAUGACACAAUCACAUUGAAGCGCGAGGAGAUGCACGCAGGUUCUGCACAGGGCGGUCGCUGGGCCAAGGGUUCGGGAAUGUACGAGUACGAGUCUGGCUAUAAGUCAAAGACGAAAACCAAGUCUGGAGGUGCCAUGGUGCCAGUCUGUCUGCCACUAUGCUGUGCCAUGCCGUGCUCCAUUAUGUAAUAUGCGCGUACGUGGUACAACGGAUUAUCGUAUUGUAUCGAAUGUAAUGUAUAUAGGUUUCUAAUUUGUAUUGCCGUUAAUAGGUCUAACGCUAAAUCCUGCCCCUUCGUAACGCUUGUCUUUGAUGUGUCUUUGUAUUUUUUCCAAACUAAAAUUGGGUUUGCGCUCUGUAAAUUCCCCAAUAAUUUGAGAAUGGGCGUUAUUUGGAGGAUUUCUUUAGUUUUUUUCAUUGUUAUAAUUUGUUGCAAAAAUUGUGUUGUAUCGUAUAUCUUAUCUACUUAUGCUAUGUAUGUGUAUAUAAUGUAUUUAGGCACUUUAAAAUUGACUUUUUAAUAGAUUGGUUUGCUCAAAAGUUGUGCUCAGUUUCAAAGCCCUCGAAAGCAUUUACCCCAAACACAGACCCAGUGAAAAUCCGUAUAGCAUAUAGAUAAGUUUCACCAUUUUAUAUAUUUUAAAAUCGACUUGUUUUAACUGAUGUUUUGUGUACCAAACUAAUAAAUGAGCCACGGAAUCAUAUUCCCAAUCUCUAUGUCUACCCAGUUGGAUAUUACAUAUUACUAAUCAGCGGAUAAUUAGUUAUAUCCGCCACUUACGCAGCCAUAAAUAUUUUCUAACAUGAUAAUUGAAAAGUAUGUAAUAAUAAUAAAAACGAAAGCUAACAAACGA